AUGUAAAUUUAUUAAAGAAUUAUUAGAAAUUUUUCUAAGAAAAUGGAAUAAGAAUAAUAACAGAUACAAAAAUAUUUAGAAGAUUCAUACUUAACUUAAUAUCCUAGUACAAUUCUUGAUGUUAAGAAUGUACUCAUAAACGAUGCUAAACAAUAAAAUGUUAAUGUUAUAUAAUUGCUUUUGAAGGAGAAUAUUUUUCAUCCUUAAGGAGGGGGUUAACCAGAUGAUGGAGGUUAGAUUAAGAUAAAUGAUAAGUAUAGAAUUUGUUAUAUUGAGUUUAAUAAAUGUAAUGUCUCUCUAAAAUGACAAGACUAAAUAACAAGUUCUAUUGAAUUUACAACAUUAACAAUAAUUGUUUGAUCUUCUUAUGGAAGCUAAAUAAUAAAAUUAAUUGGUUAUUUAGUUAGUGAAUGAAGAACAAAGAAGAAAUUAUGCAAGACUUCAUUCAGCUGGUCAUUUUAUAGAUAUGGUUGUAAAGAAACUUGGUUUAAAGUGGGCUGGUGCCAAAGGGUAUCAUUUUCCAGAUGGAUCAUAUGUUGAAUAUUAAGGUGUAUUAGAAGGAAAACCAGAAGAUAUAUAAUUAUCUUUAUAAUAAACUUGUGAUGAAUUAUUGAAUGAGACUGAAGAUAAUGAUAAAAAAUAAGUAGAAUACUUGAAUGAAGAACAAUUAAGUCAAAGAAUGGGAGAAGUACCACAUUAUUUCAAGGGUGCAUAAAAUGUAAGAUAUGUGAAGUUAUGUAAAUAUGAUGAUGGAUGUCCAUGUGGAGGUACUCAUGUGAAUCAUGUAAAGGAAUUAAUUAAAGUGAAUAUUGUAAAAAUAUAGAAGAAAGGUAAAUUUAUAAGAGUGUCAUAUAAAGUGUAAUGAUU